AUGAGUCGUCUGUCCGCUUCUGUGACGCUGCUGCUUCUAGCGCUGCUGCUUUUGUCGUCGCCGUUAUCCGCAGCUGUGGUGAACGCGGAUGCCGCGGAUGAGAAGUCGCGCUACGACCACCUCCAGAUGCUCACGGUGGCGGACCUGAAGCAGAUGCUGCACGAAAAGCGGCAGCCAUUCCUCCACCUGCGCACAAAGAAUGAGCUCAUCAACGCCCUGGUGGAGGUUGAGAAGAAGGAGGAGCUCAUCAACUCCAUCCAGCAGGGGGACUCGAUGAAGCAGCGGAAGCCCCAUGUACUCCGCGUGGAGUACUGCUCCGGCUGA